AUGCGGUCAAUUGAGACUCUCUCCGGGGGAUCUUUCCAGGUCGAGGCUACCAGGAGCAGUUCUCAGCUACAACAGCUACAACAGCAGCAGCAGCAGCAACAAUAUCCCUUGGGCAUACCCGUGCACUUCUCAGAUAUUGGCGGCCCAACAUACAUCACAGCUCAGACUCUGAUUCAGCAGGUUGCUUAUGCUCUGUCAGACAAGCUCUUCACCUACUCGCCAGAGACCUUCGAUCUAGACACUGCUGUCAAGCAAUGGGCUGCCCAGGGCCAGCAGAAUACCUAUGGCUACACCACUGCGGUUCAGCCCAUGCAAACUCGUCAGGGUGCUGGUGCCAUUGCUCUGGGCUAUAUCUUUUCCAAGGACUUCGAUCUCAAGAAGCGAUACAUCCCGCAGUCGAUUCUGGCCUCAUCUGCCACCUUGCAGUACCUCCGCCCGGCGUUGCAGCAGCUCUCUCUGCUCUACUCGGUCGCCAACCCAUUUGUCGCCCAUGUGGCUGCUGUGGACUAUGCGGGCGGUGCUGUCUCGGGACUCGUGGCAGAUUACACCACCUCCCUGGCUCUGGCCGAGGAAUUGGGCCUGGGCUUAGUCUCUAGCUUCUCUGCCCACGAGUCUCAGCAUAUGGCCCUCUUUUCAACACUGCUGGCUGAUAUCCUCCCAACAAUCCAUAUCUACGAUGGUAUCAGAGUCGGCGGAGAGAUCACUCGGGUCAUCGAUGUUCAGAAUCGGUCAGGUCUCAGUAAUAUAUAUAAGAAUGUGCUGAGGGAGGUGUCUGGUCCUGAUCAGAAACAUUUGGAUGGUGAGGGCAAACUGUUGCGUUUGUUGAAGGCGUUCAAUGCAGAAUUGGGCACUGAUUACAACUCCUUCGAAUACCACGGGCAUCCUGAAGCCACCUCUGUCUUGGUUUCCUUUGGCACCGUUGAGUCAUCUUUGACUUCUCAGAUUGCCACUUCUCUGGCCCAGAAUGGUGCCCGUGUUGGUGUCGUUAAUGUGCGAGUAUAUAGACCAUUCGUCGAAGAAGCCUUCCUGAGUGCUUUGCCCAAGACCUCCAGAGUCGUUGGCGUUCUUGGCCAGGUCCACAGUGAUUUGGCUGUCCAGGAAGAUGGAAUCCAUUCCGCACUCUAUGAGGAUGUCCUCACCUCCUUAACGUUCGGAAGCGGGUUUCUGGCUUCCGCCCGCCCGGAGUGUGUUGAGAUCAAAUACGCCCCUUCACAUAAUUGGUCGCUAGUUAACACAGCUGCUGCUUUCCAGCAAAUCGUGAAGGAGCCAUUGCUGCAGAGUUCCCCGAAUAGCUCGCAAACCCCCCUGCAACUCUUGGACCCCAUGACCGUCCAGGAAUAUACAUUUUGGGACACUGAUGACUCGUCAUCAAACGCCGCUGCUAUCGUGUUCGGCCAGGCCCUUGCGAAAGAUUCAUCCUACAAUGUUGCCACGAGCACAGUCCACGAUAACCUUGUACUGGGAGGAAUCACCCGAACCGAUAUUCGGAAGGGUCCUAAGACAAUUGAUGCACCAUAUCCCGUCAACUCAGCUGACGUUGUUUAUGUAGGUGACUUGAAUCUUCUCUCAGAGCUCGACGUGCCAGCCAGCAUCAAGGAUUCCGGGAAGAUCAUUGUUAAAGCUCCUGGAUUGAAGGAUGAGGAUCUGGAGAAGAGACUUCCUCAGCCGUUUAGACUGGCAAUAGCACAACAGGGAAUCUCAUUGUUCAUUCUCGAUCUACCUGUCUCCGAAGAAACUGGCUUCGAAACUACAGUCUUACAGGCAGCAUUUUUGCGAGUUGCUCUUCCAAACCUUUAUACCGUGGAAGCUAAGAAGUUAGUUUCGACCCUGGCAGGUGCGGAAUCGUUCUCCAAGGCAACGAAAGCCUUGCAGACGGAACUCCGAAAUGUCGAUGUUCCCGAAUCCUGGUCUUCCGUCGAGGAGGAUUCAGGAAACGUUCCAAAAUUUCCCACCGAUAUCCACACCACUAGCUUCAUUCCAUUUGACAAAUCAGAGAUUGAAGAACCUAUUGUCUUGCGAGAUUGGCAGAAUGCUGCGAAAGCUUUGGUCUUCAAAGAGGCCUAUGGAACCACAACUUCCCUCCGCCCUGACCUCGCGGCUAAGACCUUCACUAUCCAUGUCAGCGAGAAUCGCCGUCUGACCCCCAAAACCUAUGACAGGAACAUCUUCCAUAUCGAAUUCAAUCUGGGCGAUACCGGUCUAAAAUACGACCUUGGAGAAGCCCUGGGCAUUCACGCCCAAAACAAUCCCGCAGACGUGAACAAAUUCAUUAAAUUCUACGGCCUGGACCCAGCCUCCGUCGUUGAAGUCCCCUCGCGCGAAGACCCGGACAUCCUCGAAUGCCGCACCAUCUACCAGGCCCUUGUCCACAACAUCGACAUCUUCGGCCGCCCAUCAAAACGCUUCUACGAAUCCCUCGCCGCCUUUGCCUCCGACGAGAAAGAGCGCAAACACCUCCUAACCCUCGCCGCUGCAGAAGGCGUUGACGAAUUCAAACGCAGAGCAGAAAUCGACACAGUCACCUUCGCAGACCUCCUUGUCGAAUUCCCCUCCGCCCACCCUUCCUUCCCAGACCUCAUCCGCAUUGUCUCCCCGAUGAAGCGCCGUGAAUACUCCAUCGCCUCCUGCCAGCAGGUAACGCCAAACUCCGUCGCCUUAAUGAUCGUCGUCGUCAACUGGGUCGAUCCGUCUGGCCGCUGCCGCUAUGGCCAAGCUUCACACUACCUCAGCGCCCUCAAGCCCGGCAACCCCGUGACCGUCAGUGUCAAAGCAAGUGUCAUGAAACUGCCCCCUCAAUCAACCCAACCCAUCAUCAUGGCUGGCCUAGGAACCGGGCUAGCCCCCUUCCGCGCCUUCGUUCAGCACCGUGCCAUGGAAAAGGCACAAGGGAAGCAAAUCGGCUCUGUACUUCUAUACAUGGGCUCCCGACAUCAGCGCGAAGAAUACUGCUACGGCGAGGAGUGGGAGGCCUACCAGGCAGCGGGGGUGAUUACGUUGCUGGGCCGCGCUUUCAGCCGCGAUCAGCCGCAGAAGAUUUACAUUCAGGACCGCAUGCGGGAGACGCUACCGGAGAUUUCGCGCGCGUAUAUUCGCGAGCAGGGCGUUUUUUACCUGUGCGGGCCUACGUGGCCGGUGCCGGAUGUUACGGAGGUGCUUGAGGAGGCGAUUGUAGCGGAGGCGAGAAGGGUGGGUGGCAAGAAGGUGGAUGCGAGGAGGGAAAUUGAGCGGUUGAAGGAUGAGAUGAGGUAUGUUUUGGAGGUUUAUUAA